AGGAAACAAAUUAUCGAUUGUUUAGAAUUGUGUUUGUUGUGGAAGAAAUAGAAAAGCAAAUAUUAUAAAAUUAUUCCAGGUUCAGUGAAAGUUCAAAUAUUUUCGAAUUUACGUUCCAGUUAACUUCAAAACUUCCAACUGUUUAAGUGAUCUUAAAUCUUCAUUAACGUUGUUGAAUUUAGUGCUGAAACAUGCUACCACGAUCUUAUUACACUGAACAAGACAUACGAAGGCGACAAAUUGAUACUUUAAAAAUUUUCAACGCUAACGUAACUGAAAUAAAGGAAAAUGCCGAGUACAGGGUGGGAUUUCCUGCCGAAGGGAGAAAUAUGAGCUUGAAUAUUGUUCUGGGUCCGGAGUUUCCGAACGAAAAGCCCGCAAUAUUCGUAAACCCGGUGUUUUCUCAUCCCUGGAUAGCUGACAAUACAAAUCAAGUCGUCGGUGCACCUGGAUUGGUUAAUUUCACGCUGCACUCAGACCUAGGGCGUGUUGUCCAAGCCAUCACAAGGGAGUUCCAGAGAGCAGUACCUGCUGUGUCGGGCCAAGAGGACAAGUCCACAGACACCAGUCCACAGUCGCAGCUCAGCUCUCAAUCCGCGGUGUUCCCUGAACUCUCUGAACUCAGCAUUGAUGAACUACAAGAGAUAUUGGAAAAUCCUGAUUUACAGGAUAAACUACUGGAAACAAAUCCACAGCUGGUGGAGUUAGAUUUAGAGACAGAAGAGGUGAUGAACAGGAUAGAGCAAAUAGCGCAGGAGAAUAUCGCCAAGCAGCAGAUGCUGGACGAUCUCAAGUCGGAGGUGAUAGAGCGCAUCUCCAGCAUCGUGCAGAUGAAGAUGCACUAUGAGGAGCUCAACAGGAAGCACCAGAAGCUGGCGGAGAUGUACGACCCACACCGCAUCCGCGACUGCCUAAAAGAGGCCGCACUGAAGGCCGAUGAGGAGUCGGAGGUAAUCGCAGAACAGUUCUUGUUAGGCAACAUUCCAGUAGAGACAUUUGUGACGAGGUUUGCGGAGAAGCGAGCUCUGGGGCAAGCGCGGCGAGCGCGGGAGGAGCGGCUGGCACACCAGCUGGCUCAGCUGCACAAGGCCACCUCAUAGGCAUUAUAUUAUAUACUAACUUAUUAUAUGUUAUUGUUGUUGUGAUUGAUAAAAUAUGAUAAAACUUGCCUCGCCUCUUUCAUUUGUUGACAGCAAAGUUUACUUGAUUUAUUAUAUGUGUAUAAAUGUAUAG